AUGGGUAUAUUGUAUAAAAAAUACGAGCAUAAUAAUUCAUUUCUUUCUGAAAUUAAUAAGAAUCACAGCAAGGUUGUGCUAUCACACGACGAGUUGAGCCAUUACAACGGCAUUGAUCAUGACAGACUAUAUUUAGCUGUGCUUGGGCAUGUUUUUGAUGUGACAAUUGGUAACAAGCAUUAUAAAAAAGGAUCAGCUUACAACUAUUUUAUUGGGAAGGAUGGUUCAAGAGCACUUGUAACAGGAGAUUUUAAAGAUGAAAGUCCUUUAAAAGACCACAUAUUAGAUUUGCGCUGUAAUGACUUGUUAACAUUGUUGCAUUGGAGACAAACAUAUAAAAAGAAAUAUACAUUUGUAGGGUUUUUAAACGGAAGGUAUUAUGAUGAUCAAGGUAAAGAAACAAAUUAUAUGAAGGAAGUUAAAAACCGUAUAAAACAAUGUAAGGUAGAAAAAAUUAAAGCGGAGAAAGAAAACCUUAAAUAUCCCCCAUGCAAUAUAGCUUGGAACGUAGAUUCAGGUUCUCAAGUGUGGUGCACCAAGUCAAGUGGUGGUAUCAAGAGAGACUGGAUUGGUGUACCAAGGCAGCUUUAUACUCCUGGUGAAGAGAAGCCUCGCUGUGUUUGUAUUAAUCUCGAUGAAGAUCAAAGUAGUACAAGUCUUAUAAAGAUAUAUGAUAACUGUCCCCAUAAAUCCACUAUUUGUACAGUUAACAAUUGA